GGCAAUGGCGACCUCAUCGACGAGCCACUUACCGCUGGAGUACUGGAGCGGAUCUUGCUCACGCAGUUGGCGCCCUUGCGCAACGACAUCGCGGCCAUCAAGCCCCACGGGGUCUCCCAGAAGAAUCUUAGCGACGUGGUCGGCCCCCUGAAGGACGAGGUCAACGACCUCAUCAAAC